AUGGCACCCAAGAAAUCGCAUGAAGACCAACGUGUCGGGGCCGAAAUCGUCCACGGCGCUGAAGAAUGCCACAACCACUCCCUGGAGCUCCUAUCCGAGCUAGGGUUCCCGUCGGGGAUUCUUCCUCUGAAGGAGCUCGAGGAGUGUGGGUUGGUGCGUGAGACGGGCUACGUCUGGAUGAGGCAGAAGGCACCGUACGAGCAUUUUUUCAAAGGGACUAACUCGCUCGUAAAGUACGACAAGGAGGUGACUGCGUACGUGGAGAAAUGCAAGAUGAAGAAGAUGAGUGGCGUGAGGAGCAAACAGUUUCUUGUGUGGGUGCCUAUAGUUGAGAUGGCCAUCGAAGGAGGAGCUAAUGCGGAGAAGAUAUACUUCAAGACUCCGAUCGGGGUAGGAAUGUCUUUUCCCAUGAGUGCUUUCAUGGAUGAAGAACAAAACAAGGAGAAGCUUUUGGAGGAGGUGAAAGAGUAG